AUGGACAGCCGAAAAUCAAUAAAAACCGAGAUAAAAACGUACUAUGGUUUUUUAAUAGUCAAAAAAAUUAGAGGAGGAGUUUGUGGACGUUUUCCAGUUACAAAGAAGGAAUGCACUUUAGGUCGUGAUACUAAGUGUGAUAUAAGGAUUCUUUUAGAAAAAGUGUCAGCUCUACAAUGUAUCAUAAUAUCUGUUGAUAAUAAAGCAUAUGUUCGUGACAAAAGUAUUACUGGUUCAACCAAAGUCAAUGGGAAGAAGAUUGGCAAGAAUAAUUUUUUAUUGCAUGAUUCAGAUCAAAUAGAAAUCUGUGAAAGAAAAUUUGUUUGGAAAUAUCCUAAGAAGCCACAUGGAGAAUCAAAUAAUUUAUCAUGCAAAAAGUCCGCCAUAAAAAGCGAUCAUUUAUCACCAAGACCACCAGAACGUUUUCCAAACCAAGUCACCACCCCACUGGACAAGGACAACAGCAAAAAGUUUUCAACUUCAGCCUACAGCAGCAUUAAAACUCCCUCAAAAACAAUAUUAAGCUUAAAUAAAACACCAAUUAUUAUCACCACAGAAAAUAUGUCUAAAUCUUCAUUUGACGAAGUGCAGAAUGGCUUUCAGAAUCAAAGUUCAACUACAACUGCUCAAGAAGAAUCUGAAUUUAUGAAAUCAUAUUCGAUGACUCCUGUCCGAAAUAUACCGCUUCUCGGGGAUUAUAAAACUGCGCAAAGAAAAUCAUGGAUUGUUACUAAUACAUCAGACAAUUCAUCUUCAAUUGGAGCUCAUAACAGAUUAUCAACUGAAAGGUUAAAAAGAGAUUCUACUCCUGACUUAAAUUCUAGUUAUCAUUAUGAAGAUGAAGACGUAGAAUUUGAUUCCCCUGAUCCAACCGGUUUUCUAUUGAAUAGUGAUGAUGAUGAUGAUGAUGAUAUAAAUACUGCUGAUAUAGCUGAUAACAUUUUUCAAGUUGAUAAUCAAUCAGAUUUAAACGACAAAGAUGACACUUUACAAUUUAAUAAAAAUGAAAUAAAUCAAUUAUUAGUUUCUGAACCAGGCACAUCUCGAAGAGAUACAUACUCUGUUGAUAGUAGACCUAUAGUAAUUGAAGAAAAUACUACACCUACCCCAAGACGUUCUAUUCUGAAGUGUUCAAAAACCACUAAACCUAAUCGAUCGAGAUCAAGCUGUCGAAUGGUUCAGUUUGCUCGUUUACCAAAAACUGAUAGUAAGAUUAAAAAUACAAAAACUCGAUUAAAUCCAGGAUUUAAUUUUAUUGUUACCGAUGAUGAAAAUAAUGUGGUUGAUUUGAAUCAAAGUACUACAAAUUCUACGCAGUUUGAUGUUGAAGAAUAUGAUGAUGAUUUGGAUGGUGUACAGCCAUUAGAUAUUAGUGUUUCAUCUCUAAUUAAUUCACCAAUUUUAGACAAUAGUAUAAUUAAAUCGUCAAAACGAAGUUCAAGAGGUAACAAAGUAAUGAGUCUUGUAAAUUCCAUUGAAAAGCGUUCCAAUGAAUCUUCCAAGCAUAGUAUUCGUGCAUCUGAUCUGCUGAGUAUGAACGGAUCAAAACACGUAGGAACAUCGCCUAAUGAUGAUUCUCAAAAUAAUACAAAUCUAUUACAAGAAUCAGUUUCUUCAACUAGACGAAUUAAUUUGGAAGAUAUUUUUGAAGCCGAAGAUUCUCUUAAAACUACUUCUAAUAUUGAAAAUGAAACUUUAGCUCAAGAAAUUAAAGAAAGCCCAGUAAAGAAUGUAGAAAUAGUUUCAAGUCCUAAAACAAAUUCAUUUAAUUUUGCAGACACAGAAAAAAUUCCAGAUAAUGUUUUUUCUAAAGAUGUAUCUAAAAAUGAUACAAAUGAUCUUGAAAGCGAGUAUACUUUUGCUUUACCAUUAAUUCUUCCUAAAAUCGGUUCUAGUUCUAUUGCAGUAAUUGAUAGUGAUUCAGCCUUUGUUGAUAGUGAAUAUGAUUUUAGUCCUACUGAAAUAAUUGAUAAUCAAUUUGAUAAAAAUUCAAAACUUGACAUAUCUUCACAUAUUAUAAAAGACUGUACAUCUCCAAAUGAAUUACCAACAAAGACUGAUAAUGUUGAACGUUCUUCAUUAAAUCAUGAAUUAAGUGCAACAUCGACACAUGAUGAUAAUAUUGAUGAAACACAGAGAGAUAAAUCUGAUCGUUACGAAAAAGCUGUGGCUGAAGAAAUAUGUACUGAUGACAUUGAAACACCAAAUAUCACGGAGUUGUCUGAACAAAAUAAACCAAUAGAAAAAGAACAUACUCAAAAAGAGAAUGAUGACUCUGAAUUUGUCAAUGAUGAUCUAUGUACCAAUGACGUCCAGCCAUCAAAAAAUGAUGUUGUAAGAGUUGUCGAUAAAUCUACAGAUCUGAAUUUAGAUCAAAUUGACAAACAAAAUUAUGUUUCAAAGGUUGUUGAACAAACCCUUAAUGGUGAGACUCCAUCAAUAGUAGUUCAAAGUAUGUCUGAAAUGUUCAAUGCGAGUAUUGAUGAACACGAAACUACACAUUCACAAUAUAAAGAAAACCUGGUAGAAACGUAUGUAUUGAUGGGAAAAGAUGAUCUACAAAAUUCAUUGGGGGUAAAAGAAUUUGAAAAGAUUAAUCUGGACAAAUGUAAUAACACCUUGUGUGAAAAUAGUGUUUUGUCAGCUGAACCUGUGAACAAAAGCCUUAUGGACGCUAUUGAGGUGCAGCUUGACAAGAUGCACAGUGAAAGUGAUGCAAGCUCUAAUUGUAAUGAAAAUGAAAUUACUCCGGUAGAUUCAACAUUAGAUUUAAAUAAACAGAAAACAUUAACAUCAAAUUUGGACCUUGAAGUAACAGAAAAUCUUACUUUAAAAAUAAAUGAUAAUCUGUCAAACAGUUCACUAAAUACAUUAACAGUUGUUGAAUCUCCAGAAAUUAUAUCUAAACCAAAAACCCCAACAAAAGAUAAUCUUAGUAACAAUUGUUUAACAGAUGUUGACUGUUCGAACGUUACUGAAUUGCCUGCCAGAACAUCAGUUGGUAAAACAAAUUCUGUGCAGAAUAUAGAUGUAAAUAACAAGGGCUCAGAAAUAACUAUACCCCCAGACAAUCUUUCUGUCGAGAAUAAAUCUCCAAAACCAAUUAAAAAGAAAUUAAUCAGUUUGGAUCAAUUAAGAACUGCUCUUGGCGCAAAUAAACCUAAAGAAUUAAAAAAGUCUGUACAAUCGCCAAUAAUUCAAUCUAUUGGGAACAAGCUUCGUAAAAUUGAUUCAACUAAAAGGAUUACAGAAAUAUGUUUAUCUUCAUCUAGUGAUGAUGAAAAUGACACAACAACAAAGAAUUUAGAUCAUUCAUUAGAUACAUCUAUUGGUAAACCUCGGUUUGAAUCUACCCCUUGGAAUUGUUCUAAAAGUUCAAAAACACCUUUUAAUUCUACUGCAAGUAUACAGCCAAAUGAAACCACAAGAGAUGAUUCUGCUGAAAAUGAAGAUAGACCAAGAGAUGAAAGUCGUUCUCGUUCAGCUACACCAUUUGGUAGUCAAAAAGAAUGGUCUCAGAUGAUGAAAGAAUUCAACGAAUCUGUUAAAAAAGCCUCUGUUAAUAUUAAUACUAAAAUUAACAACACAAGUAACCGUAAAAAAAAAUUGUUUGUUACAAAAUCAAAAUUGUCUCAAGCAUGUGUGCCUACUCCUGCAAAAGACUCAAAUGUGAAGAACAACACAUCAGAAAUUAAAAAUAAUAAUUCUAUACAACGGUUAAUAAGGUCAUCAAAUAUGUCUAAUAAUACUUCAUCUGAAUCUGGUCAUGUUAAAAGAUCUUUGAGAAAUAAAUCUGCUUCUGUUAAAAUUGUUAGAAGAUCUAGUAGAUCUAAUAAAUCUCAAACCAGUCACGUCGACAUAUUUCCAAGAAAAAAAAAAUCCAUUAACAAUAAAUCUACUGAUACUAAAAUCAAUGAAACUGUUCAAGCAAACACUAACCGCCCAAAGAAAAGUAAGACAAUAAUUCCAGUCUCGAAAACUGAUUCAGAAAUAGAUUUUGUUCCAUGUUCUGAAAGUGAGAAUAACUCUACUACUCCAUACUCGUCAAAAGAAGAAACAUAUCCAUAUAGCCAAACUAAAAAACCAACAAAGAAAUUUAGUCUUAAGUCACCAUCAACGAGUGUAAAUAAAAAUGAGUCAAAUAAUAUUAUAAAAGAACAAGAUAAAGUACAAAUAAAGGUCACUAAAGCCUCACUAUCAAGUAUUGAUAAUGAAAGCUCUUGUUCUACAAGUUCUAUAAAUGAAAUACAAACAUUCGAAAGAGAAUUGCGUAGAAGAAAACAUAUCAAUACUUCCUCUAUUAAAACCAGGAAAAAUACUGAUAAAGUGAAAACAACAGAAAAAUCGAAAAAGAAAAAUACCUCAUCUACUAAGAGAUAUAGUACUAACACCAAUAAUGCACUACCUGAAUCAGGUGUAAUAAAGUUAGAUAAACAAAAUAGAAAUGUAGUUAAAUCAAAAUCUACCAAAAUUUCAAAAACUGUAAAAACUAAGAAACCCACAAACUUAAGAACAAAUAUGAAUUCUAGAUCAAAACGUCUCUUACCUUCCAAACCAAUUAAAACAAGUGCAAAAGAUUCUUCAGAGUAUGAAUCGUCAAGUGAAACCGAAGAGAGUACUCAAAAACUACAAUCAGUAAAUCAUCCAUCUAAAUCAAUCAAAGAAAAAACUCAGAAGAAAAAUGUUUAUGAUGAUAUUAAUUUAUCCUCACUACCAACUAGGCGUAGCCAAAGAGAAAAAUUAAAAAUGCCUGAUGUUUUAUUGCAAUCAGGAAGACAAAUUCGAAAACGUGCAGCCAAUACGUCACCUCUAACUCAAAACAGUAAAGACAAAAAAAAGGAUAUUUCAUCUAAAGUAGUAGCAAACCCAGUUUCUCAAGCUUCAAAAUCUCCAAAUAGAGCUAAUAAUAUUGUAACUAAACAAAAUUCAGCAGUUAGUAAUUUAGUUCCUGAUGGUUCUUUACCUGAAACUACAAAGAAAUCCUCGGGUUUAAAAUCAAAAAAGAAUUCUCAGCUUAAUCGUCUCUUAUCUUCUAAACCAACUAAGACAAAUAUAAAAGAUUCUUUAGAGCAUGGAUUGUUAACUGAAACCGAAGAAAGUACUCAAAAACCUCAGUCAAUUCUUUGUCUACCUAAAUCUACCAAAGAAAAAACGAAGAAAAAAGAUGUUAAUGUUGAUAAUAAUUUAUCCUCAUUAUCAACUAAGCGUAAUCUGAGAGAAAAAAGUAAAACUUCAGAUGUUUCAUUGCUACCACCAAAGACACAAAGUCGCAAACGUGCAGCUGAUUCAUCACCUUUAUCUCAGCCCAACGCUAAAGGCAAAAAAUGUGAUAUCUCAUCCAAAGUUGCAAACGCAGUUUCUCGUGCUUCAAACUCUCCAAAUAUACGUACCCGAAAUAUGUCCAAAUUAACUGUUAAACAAGUUUCUGAUAAUUCUUUUCCUGAAACUACAAUAGUCAUUAAAAAAGAAAGAAAAAAAUCAACUGAAAAAGUAAAACCAAAAUCAAAUGAAAAUACUCGAACCAAAAAACGUCAACUGAAUUCUGAUAAUUGUUCUUUUGACUCUGCUCCAUCUACCAGUAAAAAAAGUAGACAAGUAACUUUCAGAAGAACAGAAAGUGAAAAUAAGAAGUCUGAUUCAUCUACAUGCACAACAUCCAAAAUUCAGAAUACAGAUGAACCUAUUGGGCCUAAUGCUUCUCUCAAAAACAACAAGAAUGCUGAAAAGUCAAUUUCACCCAUUCAAAGAAAAACAAGAAAUGCAGCGAAACAAUCCGCUCCAAAGGAUAAAGAGACAUUUAUUUCGCCUCGAGUACUAAGAGUCAGGGACAAGAAAAAGUGA